AUUCCAGAGCAUUGACUUUACUGUCUGAAACCUCUCGCUGGAGAGAGAGAGAGAAAAAAAAACAAAACAAAUCUGACAACUAAGAAAAUUAACAAAUAAAAGAAAAUUCUCAGCCUUUCUUUUUCUUUCUCUCUGACGCGUUCUUCUUCUUCAUCAUCUCUUUCCCAGAAAGUAUCAUCAACCCCCUUUUUCCACUUUCUUCCUUUUCUUCUCCUCUGACUUUUUUUUCCUCCCUCUCUUCGAAUCCAUAGAUUCUUGUUCAUCGUAUAUACACACAAAUCUUUUAUCUGAGAGAGACGGAAUCAAAAUCUAUGGCUACGGCAGCGAUAUUCUCAUCUCUACGGCGAAGAAGGUCACCGUCUCUAGAAGCCUUCUUAUCCCCCGUUGACCUCUCAGGCCUCCCUCUCGUCCAAACCCUAGCCGCGAUCUCCACGGAAAUCAUCUCUUCUUUCAGCAGCACACGGUUCUCGUUCCAACGCAGAAACGCUCGUUCGCUCAUCCGCAAGAUCGAGAUCUUCCUCGUCUUAUUCGAAUCCCUAACGGACUCUCGCUGGGGCUCGACCCCUUCCUCCUCGUCAUCCUCCACAGCGUUGCUUUGUCUCAAGGAGCUCUAUCUCCUCCUCUACAGAUCCAAGAUCCUCCUCGACUACGUCGCUCACUCAAGCAAGCUAUGGCUCAUCCUCCAAACCCAAUCCAUCUCCGGCUACUUCCACGAUCUCAACCAAGAGAUCUCGACUCUCCUCGACGUCUUCCCCCUCGACGACAAUCAUCUCAGCCUCAGCGACGACGUCAGGGAACAGAUCGAGCUUCUCCAGCGCCAAUCGAGAAGGUCGAGACUGUACGUCGACAGCAACGACGAGUCGUUACGCGUCACGCUCUACUCGUUCCUCGACGGAUUCGAGAACGGAGAGAUACCUAACUCGCUAGCUUUAAGAUCGUUCUUCGUAGAGAAACUAGGGAUCAGAGAUUCGAAAUCCUGCGGGAGCGAAAUCGAGUUCUUGGAGGAACAGAUCGCGAACCACGACGGAGAUGUAGAGCCUACGGGUUCGGUUAUCAACGGCUUCGUGGCCAUCACGCGCUACUGUAGGUUCUUGCUGUUUGGAUUCGAAGAAGAGUGGAGAAUCAAAAAUAAUAAUAAUAAUCCGAAGAAGAGUAAAGGAGACGGAGAGGGAUUCGUAACAGUUCCAAAAGAUUUUAUUUGCCCGAUCUCUCUAGAUCUGAUGACGGAUCCUGUGAUUAUAUCCACAGGGCAGACGUACGAUCGUACCUCUAUAGCUAGGUGGAUCGAAGAAGGGCACUGUACUUGUCCCAAGACAGGGCAGAUGCUUGUGGACUCUCGGAUCGUACCUAACCGAGCUUUGAAGAAUUUGAUAUUGCAGUGGUGCGCAGCGAGCGGGGUCUCUUACGAGUCUGAGUUUGUUACGGAUUCUUUACCGAACGAGGGGUUUGUUUCUGGUCUUCCGACGAAAGCUGCGGUCGAGGCGAACAGAGCUACCGUUUCGAUACUAAUCGAGUAUCUAGCGGACGGGUCUGAGGCCGCUCAGACCGUUGCGGCGAGGGAGAUUCGUCUUUUGGCGAAAACCGGGAAGGAGAAUCGGGAGUUUAUCGCGGAGGCCGGGGCGAUACCGCACUUGAGGAGGCUUCUCGAGUCGGAGAAUGCUGUGGCUCAGGAGAACUCGGUGACGGCGAUGCUUAACCUGUCGAUUUACGAGAGGAACAAGAGUCGGAUCAUGGAGGAGGAGGAGUGUUUGGAGGCUAUAGUGAGCGUUCUUGUGUCGGGUCUCACGGUGGAGGCGCAGGAGAACGCGGCGGCCACGUUGUUUAGUCUCUCCGCGGUGCACGAGUAUAAGAAACGGAUAGCGAUGGCUGAUCAGUGCGUCGAGGCGUUGGCGUCGCUGCUUCGGAACGGAACACCGAGAGGGAAGAAAGACGCGGUGACGGCGCUGUAUAACUUAUCGACGCAUCCUGAUAACUGCGGUAGAAUGAUCGAAGGAGGAGGAGUGGCGAGUCUCGUCGGAGCUUUGAAGAACGAAGGCGUGGCGGAGGAAGCAGCGGGGGCUUUGGCUUUGCUGGUGAGACAGUCUGUUGGAGCUGAGGCUAUAGGGAAAGAGGAGUCAGCUGUGACGGGGCUCAUGGGGAUGAUGAGAUGCGGGACGCCUAGAGGGAAAGAAAACGCGGUGGCUGCGUUGCUUGAACUGUGUAGAAGAGGUGGAGCGGCUGUGGCGGAGAGAGUGUUGAGAGCACCUGCGAUUGCGGGAGUGCUGCAGACGCUUUUGUUUACCGGGACGAAGCGGGCUAGACGGAAAGCGGCUUCGCUCGCUCGGGUUUUCCAGAGGCGGGAACAUGCGGCGAUGCGGGCAGGUGGUUAUGGGUUUGUAGGGGAUGUGAAUGGGAAUAGAGACGGCGGCAGUUUUACGACGGAUGUCUCUGUUCCGAUGUCAAUCUCCAUCUCCGUACCUGUAUUGUGAUCUAUGUUUAGUAGUUAAAAGGUUACACGGAAAACUCUGAAGAGGGAACUUUCUUUUGUCGGUGGUUGGUGGUGUUUGUCAAUAUUAUAAUACAUUUAUUGGUUGGGGAGGUAUAAUACAAAGUAAAAUUUCAGAGAAGAUAUGUAUGUUUAUCUUUCAGGAGAACAAAACCUGAAAAAGAGAGAACAAAAAGAGUUCGGUGUAUCAUCAUCUUUAUGUGUAUUGUAUUUGCUAUGUAAGCUAUAUGAGACCUAUUGCAUUGUGAUGGUAAACUGUUAAGGAAGGAAAUUGAGUUUUGUCACUA